AUGGCCCCGACGAUAACUUAUCACCUUCGUCCAACGCAUCGUCCAUACUCCUCAGCCCCUAAGCCAAUCCUUGCACAGCAAAGUGCCUCUUCCAAUGGGAAAGCCGCCACUAGUAGACACUAUUCCAAUACUCCUAUUUUAAUCGAUGGCCAGACAGUCAAUGUUUCAAGCGUUUUGCUGCGUGACUCCUGCUCUUGCCCGGCUUGUUUCCAUGAGUCGACCAACCAGAGGCUAUUCUCCGUCGCCGACAUACCGGCAGAUAUUAAAAGCCGGACCGUGAACUAUGACGCCGCCUCUGACGCUUUUUCUAUUACUUGGGAGAACGAUGCACAGGGGUAUCCCGCUGAUCAUACAACGAAGUUAAGUUUGACCACCUUGAGGAACAUCAGCUCGUCCGGUUGCCAUACCGGUUCUCUCAAGGAGCCUGUUCCGUCUCAAGUCUUGUGGACUCAAGAACCACUCAACCUUCCUGACUACGAUUAUCAAGAAUAUAUGAAAGAUGACCAGAUAUUGCAACAGGUCAUCUGUCAGCUUCGAACCCAUGGAGUUGCUUUCGUGACUGAUAUUCCAGGCGUGGAAGAGUCUUUGGCUACUAUCGCAACACGAAUUGGUCCAAUCAAAGACACAUUCUACAGUUACACAUGGGAUGCCGCCAUUAACGCUGCAUACACAUCGCAUGAUCUCGGUUUCCACACGGAUUUGCUCUACUUCCAACAACCACCUCAUAUCCAACUCCUUCAUUGCAUCCAGUCUGCGUCCUCUGGAGGCGCCAGUGUGUUUGCAGAUGCCUACAAAGCUGCCGUCGAUUUGUUCCACACAGAUAUUGAGGCGUUUGACAUCCUCGCGACGGUUGAGGUCAACUACCAUUACAACCAUCCCGAUUCAAAUGUGUACAAAACUACCAAGCCUGUUAUUGAUCUGAAAGAGCUCCGCAUUGGCGAAACCGUCUACACCCAUAUCCAAGACUACGCGGAAGGCAUGCGUGCACUCCACGGCCGAGACGGGGGAUAUGAGUGGACUGAGGCCUCGCUUGUGGACUGUAUGGACAAGAUCAACUGGGGCCCCCCCGUUCCUCGCACCCUUUUCUCUGCAUGA